CUGUUGGCUCUCUGGCCUCGGAGGCGUUUCUAUGGUCGUCGCCUCCGGAAGGGGGCCCCGCUCGGCUAUGCGGGAUGAGGAACUAGGAGCUAGACAGGAUGCGGGCUCCGGGUGCGGGCACGGCCUCGCUGGCCUCGCUGGCGCUGCUGUGGUUCCUGGGGCUGCCGUGGACAUGGAGCGCGGCGGCGGCCUUCGGCGUGUACGUGGGCGGCGGCGGCUGGCGCUUCCUGCGCAUCGUCUGCAAGACGGCGAGGCGGGACCUCUUCGGCCUCUCGGUUCUGAUCCGCGUGCGCCUGGAGCUGCGGCGCCACCGGCGUGCAGGCCACACCAUCCCGCUCAUCUUCCAGGCAGUGGCGCGGCGACAGCCUGAGCGCCUGGCCCUGGUGGACGCAGGAAGUGGCGCGUGCUGGACCUUCGCGCAGCUGGACGCCUACUCCAACGCGGUGGCCAGCAUCUUCCACCGGCUGGGCUUUGCACCGGGCGAUGUGGUGGCCAUCUUCCUGGAGGGCCGGCCCGAGUUCGUGGGAUUGUGGCUAGGCCUGGCUAAAGCGGGCGUGGUGGCCGCGCUGCUCAAUGUGAACCUGCGGCGUGAGCCCCUGGCCUUCUGCCUGGGCACCUCAGGUGCCAAGGGCCUCAUCUACGGCGGGGAGAUGGCAGAAGCGGUGGCCGAGGUGAGUGGGCAGCUGGGCAAGAGCCUCCUCAAAUUUUGCUCUGGAGACCUGGGGCCCCAGAGUAUCUUGCCAGACACCCAGCUCCUGGACCCCAUGCUGAAGGAGGCCAUCACCACCACCCCACUGGCACAGCCCCCCAGCAAGGGCAUGGACGACCGACUUUUCUACAUCUACACGUCGGGGACAACUGGGCUACCCAAAGCUGCCAUUGUCGUGCAUAGCAGGUACUAUCGCAUCGCAGCCUUCGGCCACCACUCCUACAGCAUGCGGGAGGCCGACGUGCUCUACGACUGCCUGCCCCUGUACCACUCCGCAGGGAACAUCAUGGGCGUCGGGCAGUGUAUCAUCUAUGGACUGACGGUCAUCCUCCGCAAGAAGUUCUCCGCCAGCCGCUUCUGGGAUGACUGCAUCAAGUACAACUGCACGGUGGUGCAGUACAUCGGGGAGAUCUGCCGCUACCUGCUGAAGCAGCCGGUGCGGGACGCCGAGCGGCGGCACCGCGUGCGCUUGGCUGUGGGCAACGGGCUGCGGCCGGCCAUCUGGGAGGAGUUCGUGCAGCGCUUCGGCGUGCGCCAGGUGGGCGAGUUCUAUGGCGCCACCGAGUGCAACUGCAGCAUCGCCAACAUGGACGGCAAGGUCGGCUCCUGUGGCUUCAACAGCCGCAUUCUCACCCAUGUGUACCCCAUCCGGCUGGUGAAGGUCAACGAGGACACAAUGGAGCCGCUGCGGGACGCCCAGGGCCUCUGCAUCCCGUGCCAGCCUGGUGAGCAGGACCCCUCCUCCAGCCCUGGGGAGCUGGGGUCCCUCCUUCCUCUCUCAUCCCCAGCCUGGCCUCCUCCCCAGGGGAGCCCGGCCUCUGGUGGGCCAGAUCAACCAGCAGGACCGCUGCGCCGUUUCGAUGGCUACGUUAGCGAGAGUGCCACCAGCAAGAAGAUUGCACACAGCGUCUUCUGCAAAGGUGACAGCGCUUACCUGUCAGGUGACGUGCUGGUGAUGGACGAGCUGGGCUACAUGUACUUUCGGGACCGCAGCGGGGACACCUUCCGCUGGCGCGGGGAGAACGUCUCCACCACCGAGGUGGAGGGUGUGCUCAGCCGUCUGCUGGGCCAGACAGACGUGGCCGUGUACGGGGUGGCCGUGCCAGGCAAUGGAGGAAAAGCAGGCAUGGCGGCCAUCGCAGACCCCCACAGUCAGCUGGACCCCGACUCCAUGUACCAGGAGCUGCAGAAGGUGCUGGCGCCCUAUGCCAGGCCUAUCUUCCUGCGCCUCCUGCCCCAGGUGGACACCACAGGCACCUUCAAGAUCCAGAAGACGAGGCUGCAGCGUGAGGGCUUCGACCGCGCCAGACCUCGACCGGCUUUCUUCCUGGACCUGAAGCAGGGCCACUACCUGCCCCUGGAUGAGGCGGUCUACAGUCGCAUCUGCUCCGGUGCCUUCGCCCUGUGA